AUGGCAAAUCUGUACGUGAAAGCUGUGCCACCUGCGGAUCUGAACAGGAACACCGAAUGGUUUACGUAUCCUGGUGUUUGGACUACCUAUAUCCUCAUCCUGUUCUUCUCGUGGAUCCUCGUUCUCUCUGUGUUUGGGUGUUCGCCGGGAAUCGCUUGGACAAUUGUUAAUCUCGCUCAUUUUCUUGUAACAUAUCACUUUUUCCACUGGAAGAAAGGAACUCCGUUUGCGGAUGAUCAGGGGAUCUACAACAGAUUAACAUGGUGGGAGCAGGUCGACAAUGGACAGCAGCUCACUCGUAACAGGAAGUUUUUGACAGUUGUUCCUUUGGUUCUGUACUUGAUAGCCUCACACACAACCGACUAUGAACAUCCAAUGCUGCUCUUCAACACAUUUGCCGUGAUCGUGCUAGUUGUCGCAAAGUUCCCAAACAUGCACAAGGUCAGGAUAUUCGGAAUCAACGCCGAUAAGUAA